AUGGAAACACUGAAGUACAAGUACCGCAAAGUUGGACUUCAUUCCAGUGCUGGAGAAAAUGCUCCUAGUCACAUUCCAUGGCCGCCUGACCGAGGCGCUCAAACCCUCACCUCUGCACACCUGGAUGAGGGGAAUUCCAUAGGAGGCUGCCAUGUCGCCGGAGCUCUUGAUGGGGCAGAUUUGAGCGUGCUGUCAGAGGGCGGGGGCAGGUCUCUGGCACUGGACUUGGGCAGCUCUGGAGGACCUGGAUGUGAAUACUGCAGGAUAACCAGAGCUGAUGUCAAGAGGGCUCUAGGUUUCAACUCCAUCGAAGCGUUUGGAAGUUGUGUUCCAUGGCCAUGUUAUGCGUUGCUUGGAAAGGAAGACCCCGAAAUCUGUCGGCACUAUGUCCAAGCACCAAAUGAUGUGACGGUUGAGUUUGUACCUGAGCCAAGCCCCAAAUCUGACACCAUUGUUGUCUCCUGGAAGCCCAGCUACUAUGGGAUUGCCUUCCUGCGAGGCUUUCAGGUGUCCCUCCAGGCUCUGGGAGGGUCGAGUGUUGCCUGUCAGCUCUUUCUCUUCCACCGUAACCUGUCACUGCUGGCAUCGCAUGCUCAGAGGGUGUACAAGUCAGACCCAUUCCCCGGCCUCCCCCUUGGGUCCCAGUAUGCCGUUACGGUCAUGGCCCUGCCGGUGCCUGAGGAAUGGGAGAAGUUCUACCACAGCAAGAUCUUCUCCACACGCUCAUGUGCGGAGAAGAAUGGUCUUGAAAAGUGCAAGAAAGACUGGUACCCCGGACAUAUCGAGGUCCGGCAGAAAGGGACUGCCAUCAAUGUGACCUUUAACCUGGCUCCCCCAGAGCUGGGCAUCAGCAGCUACUUCUCACAGUGCUACGCAAACGGCAUCAUGACACACGUGGACAUAACACCUAAUUCUUCCAAAAGUGAAACCCACCACAGCUAUUGGAUGAAUGACCUUCAAGAAGGCACCAACUACACUUGUGAGAUUGCAGCUAACGAAGUGGAUGCAGUGAGAAAAACAUUCAAUGUCGUGGUCACGCGUAUUCAAAGAGAAGGAGCCACGCCACUCUCCGUCACUCCCUCCUUGGCUCUGAUGCUUCCAGUGUGCCUGGCUGCGGUAGCCAUUAUUGUAAUCUUACUGGCCGCUCUCACCGGGUUGACGCCCAAGCUGCAAUUGCAAAAACUCUACAUGAAACAAGAGCGCCUUCCUUAUACCUCCGGCCUGUCUUUGCCAAUACCGGCAUCGGAUGACAUACGUCACGGAGAGAGUGGGACACCGGAGGAAGUGGUGUCCUUACCUGGAAACGGACUCACCCCUCCUCGUCUUCUGAUUUGCUACAGCAGCUAUGAUGGCCCUGCUCAUGUCAAAGCCGUCAUGCACCUGGGGGCUUUUAUACAGCAGCACAUGGCCACUCAGGUGUGCCUGGACCUGUGGGACUCUCUGAGUGUGGCUGGGGAAGGCAGUAUGGCGUGGCACUGCCGGCAGAUCAGGGAGAGCGACUUCAUCUUGGUGAUCUGUUCUCGGGGCCUCAACCACAGACCUGGAGCUCCAGAACCAGAGGGCAGCGGCGAAGAUGAGAGGGCCGACGGUGGGCUGGACUUUGGACACAAUGCCUUCAGCUCUGACGCAGCCGUGCAACUCAUCGGAGAGGAGGUGGGCCGAGCCAAAGCCAGGGGCCAGGACCUGUCCAAAUACAUGGCGGCUGUUUUUGAGUACUCUGAGGAAACGGACAUCCCUACUGAGCUGAGGCUGGUUUCUCACUACAGGCUGACAAGUGACUUAGCGCUGCUGUUCUCACACCUCCACGGGGUAGCUCUGCAUAGACCGGGGGGUUACCUGAAGAUCAACCACAUCUCAGAGGAAGGCUUCACUAAGUUACCAGCUGGAGCAGCUCUACAGCGGGCUAUCUAUGAGGCAGGAGUGGCAAUGAGGGCAAAAAGACAUCACUCUGUGGAAGGAAGGGACUAAAACCCUGAUUUAAUGAGAGCUCUGAAACCAGUGUAAGAGAAAGGCUGGCCUGAAGAUGUGGCCACAAACCUGAUGGCUCCAUAUCUGGUCAGAUCAUGAGCUUAGCCACCUCUGCCUCAUUUGUAAUACGAUGGCAAUAACUGUGCACUUUGACCAAUGAAAUAUGUUCACAUGCAACACAUGCGUGUGUACAGGAAGGAUUUGUAAAAAGAACAAUUAUAAAAUGUGUGUCAUGGUUACUAAAGCUAUCUCAGUCUUGCAAAUGUAUUUGGUAGGUAUUCUUUGCUUGUUUUCUUGCAGUGUCAUGUAACAAGCUAUUAUGAAACGAUGUAAGCCUUGUACAUAAAUACAUUAUUAAUCUCCUACUUGAGUUAUUGAAGUUAUUCCAUGAGAAUGUCUGCCUUGACGUAGGCUACAUAUUGAACCUUAUAUACAUGUAUGUUUAGAGUCAUGCUUAUAUUUUAUUUAUACAUGUGUUUAUCUCAUUUGCCCAUAUAAAAACAGUUUAAUUGGUCCUAUCAUUUUAAUUUUUUUAUGUUACUGAUGUGAGCUUACACCGAUGGAUAAAUGUGAUUAUCUCACAUUUUUUAUUAUAUAUAUUUUUUUGUGAAAUA